AUGAAUAAUUAUUUUUUAAGGAAAGAAAAUUUUUUUGUAUUGUUUUGUUUUGUUUUUGUGAGUAUCUUUUUUGUAUCAAAUGUAACAAUAAUAAAAUGUAAUAAUGUGGAAAAUAAAAAUGACAAUGUGGGAAAAAAAAAUGACAAUGUGGAAUAUAAAAAUGACAAUGUGGGAAAAAAAAUUAACAAUGUAAAAAAUGCUUCUUCAGAUUUGUAUAAAUACAAAUUAUAUGGUGAUAUAGAUGAAUAUGCUUAUUAUUUUCUAGAUAUAGAUAUAGGGAAACCAUCUCAAAGAAUUUCUUUAAUUCUAGAUACAGGUUCCUCUUCGUUAAGUUUCCCAUGUAAUGGUUGUAAAGAUUGUGGGGUUCAUAUGGAAAAACCAUAUAACUUGAAUUAUUCAAAAACAUCAUCUAUUUUAUAUUGUAAUAAAUCUAAUUGUCCUUAUGGUUUAAAAUGUGUAGGAAAUAAAUGUGAAUAUCUUCAAUCGUAUUGUGAAGGGUCUCAAAUAUAUGGUUUUUAUUUUUCAGAUAUUGUUACAUUACCAUCUUAUAAUAAUAAAAAAAAAAUAUCUUUUGAAAAAUUAAUGGGCUGUCAUAUGCAUGAAGAAAGUUUAUUUCUACAUCAACAAGCCACAGGAGUUCUAGGGUUUAGUUUGACGAAACCGAAUGGGGUUCCAACAUUUGUUGAUUUACUUUUUAAACAUACUCCUUCUUUAAAACCGAUAUAUUCUAUAUGUGUGUCUGAGUAUGGCGGUGAAUUAAUCAUAGGUGGUUAUGAACCGGAUUACUUCUUAAGUAAUCAAAAAGAGAAACAAAAAAUUGACAAGUCAGAUAAUAAUAAUAAUAAUAAUAAUAAUAAUAAUAGUAACAAGGGAAACGUUUCUAUAAAAUUAAUAAAUAAUGAUAAAAAUGAUGAUGAGGAAAAUAAUUCAAAAGAUGCAGUUGUAUCUAAUAAUGUUGAAGAUAUUGUGUGGCAAGCUAUUACAAGAAAAUAUUACUAUUACAUAAAAAUAUAUGGUUUAGAUUUAUAUGGUACAAACAUUAUGGAUAAAAAAGAAUUAGAUAUGUUAGUAGAUUCAGGUAGUACAUUUACACAUAUUCCAGAAAAUAUUUAUAACCAAAUAAAUUAUUAUUUAGAUAUUUUGUGUAUACAUGAUAUGACUAAUAUAUAUGAAAUAAAUAAAAGAUUAAAACUAACAAAUGAGUCAUUAAAUAAACCAUUAGUAUAUUUUGAGGAUUUUAAAACAGCAUUAAAAAAUAUUAUUCAAAACGAAAAUUUAUGUAUUAAAAUAGUUGAUGGAGUACAAUGUUGGAAAAGUUUAGAAAACCUACCAAAUUUAUAUAUUACCUUGUCGAAUAAUUAUAAAAUGAUAUGGAAACCUAGUUCCUAUCUAUAUAAAAAGGAAAGCUUCUGGUGUAAAGGUUUAGAAAAACAAGUUAAUAAUAAACCUAUUUUAGGGUUAACCUUUUUUAAAAAUAAACAAGUUAUUUUUGAUUUACAACAAAAUCAAAUUGCAUUUGUAGAAUCUAAAUGCCCAUCUAAUUUAACAUCAUCAAGACCAAGAACCUUUAAUGAAUAUAGAGAAAAAGAAAAUAUCUUCAUAAAAGUUUCUUUUAUUAAUUUAUAUUGUUUAUGGCUAUUAUUGGCCUUAACCAUACUCUUAUCUCUUAUUCUUUAUGUAAGAAAAAUGUUUUACAUGGAUUAUUUUCCUUUGAGUGAUCAAAAUAAAUCUCCCAUACAGGAAUCAUCAUAA